CGGCAGCCAACCAGGGGGCGGGUGUUGUUUCUCUGGGUCGCAGAUGGCCCUUCGCGGCGUGGGUACGGCGUGCCCCCGCUUGUCGGGCUGUCCCUUCAAUUGUAAUCCGCAUCCUCAUCAGGACGCGGGCUUCCUGCGGGCACUGGAGGUGCUCUUUGGAGGCGAAGGAGCGCCCGAGGACGCGGCGGCCAUGCGCGGCCUGCUGAAUCGGCGCUGCGGGCUUGUAGACGAGGAGGACAAGGAGGACGUCCGCAGCCGCAUGGUUGCGUUGCUGGAGGCGCGUGGGGACAAGCUGCCGCUGGGUCUGGCCGCGGACCUGGGGCUCAUGUUCAGGUACCUGGCGGGCAGCCCCGAGCAGCGCCGUGACCUGCUGGCUGGCGGGCUGUUCGUGCGCUGCGCCGCGGCCCUGUUGUGCGGCAGCUACACGGGCGUUCUGGAGGUGGACGCGGGGGCGACAGGCGGAUGCGAGGUCAACUCGAUCACCCGCUCGUUGCUCAUCAACAUCGGACAGACCGAGAUGAAUCUCGCAGGGGUGGCGCCGGCACAGCGGCAGCUGGCGAACGUGGGUAAGGUUGCCGCCUUUACGCUGGACCGGGCCCUGGCGGCGGCCCGCUCGGCCGCGAGAGCGCCACAGCAGGUGCAUGAGCUGCCUGUCCGUCUGUGUGUGCAGGGCGUUGUCCUGUAUGCCGAGCAGGCAACGCCUAUGCAGCAGCAGGCAGAGGUGGAGGACAAGCUCGAGGAGCUGGAUGGGCAGAUCCUGAGCAAGGCGCCGGGCGGGCUAGCGAGCGCCACGCUGGUGCUGAGCGUUGCCAGCGCCCGAGUAUGUUUGUACUAAUGGCAGCGGCGAGGCCGCAGUGGCGGCGGCUCUGUAGGGGCGCGUGCGGCGGUGGUGGGGCACGGGGGGCCGUACGUCGAUGCCGUUCUUCGUGUGGUUGCUGAGGGCAAGGCCAGGCAGGAACUAGCCGGUUGUAUGCCUCUGGACUCUCGUUGAUGUUCUGAUGCACGUGUGCUUGCAUUAAAUACUCAGCACGUCAGUAUGAAAUGGGGAUGGCGUUUGUUAUUGUCUGUGCGUGUUUGUGUGUUUGAGGACAGAAAACUGGGAUGGCAAACGUAAGUUUGUCGACACGAGCAGGCGCCGCAAUGCCACCACGGUAUCUGUGUCAAAGAGCACCAGGAACAAACGUGAAGACAGUGUAUGCAAUGCACGGUGUGUGUUUUUGUGUUUGCGCUUGUGUCGUCUGCUUUUCCUGCAUUUCCUUGCUAUCGUCAGCCGGUGAGUUGUGCGUGUUUUUGGCUCCAAAGCCAAUAACUGAUUGGGCUGACGGCGGGGCCGCGGGGGAAAGCCGCAUCGAACUGGCGCGACGUGCUUGGCCACAGGAGGAGGGCCGCACAGGCUCAGGAGGCGGCUAGUAAUACCUGUUCACCCUGUUAUCAAUGCCUUCAUGCCCAUGCACCUAUUUGCGAGUGUCAGUCUAAUGAAUUGUGCACGAGGCAAAGAGGGAAAGUGGCUGAAGAUUGUGUAUGACAACGCGGUGAGGUGAGGCUCGUGUGGAGCGGCUUGUCACCGCCGGCGAGUGUGCUUUACCGGGAGGUACAGCUUACACUCCUGCACACACAUCCAGACCAUCUUAGGCUUGCACAAAAAUCAAUCACAGGUUGUGUCGGUGCGGUGUAGAAGACGAGAAUGGGAAAGAGGUCGGUGAGGUGGGCUGGCCCACAUGAAGCAGUGGACGAGCGCGCAACCAGACGGGCUCAACUUCAGAUGGCUGCAACCGGUGUGGUACGGUGAUGCAAAUGACUUGUGCGCACUUCAGCCCAAUUUUGCAACAACUGUGCCAUACAAUGGUGCCUCCGCCAGGCUUGGCCCGUGUCAUGCGAUGUGCAACGAAACCAUUGUGCCAUGCUUUCUGGUGAUGCCGCACCAGUGCACAACCGCCAUCCGUUUGCACCACAGAGUGACUAGGCCCCUGUCCUCAACACAUCUAUAUAGUGUGGCCGCUGGUCAACCAACCGCGCACUCCCCGUGCAAAUGCACAAGCGCUAAACGUGCAUGUGAAGUCUGUAACCUGUGCAAACC